CGUUCGCUUCCAAACUUAGUCAGUAGAUCUACACGCACUCCAGAUAGUCCAGCGCCGUGGCAGUAGCGCUACCUCUGGAGGCUAGCUAGCGUUUCAUCCAGAAAUCCGUUCCUCCAUCAUCGCUUGUAGCGUUGACUUGCUGUUAGAUAACUAAUACUUGUUCAGCGAAAAUGUGGAAGGCAUCGGCCGCGAGCGGUGCCAAGCUGCAGGUGGACGAUGGAGACGAUGACUGGGAAACUGAUCCAGACUUUGUCAAUGAACAGACUGAAGAGGAGCAGCGAUGGGGCAGUAAAACAGUAGAAGGUUCAGGUCGCCAGGACACGUUCUCCAUGGGACAGCUGCGAGGCAAUGUAGUGGAAGACCAUGCCGUCAAGUCGGAAAAGGAGAGCCAUGACAGUGUGCGUGACAUCAAGAAGGGAUUCGGUGGCAAGUACGGUGUUCAAACUGAUCGUAUGGACAAGACCGCCGUCGGUCAUGAUUACAAGGGAGAGACUGAGAAACACUCCAGCGUGAAGGACGCAUCGAAGGGCUUUGGUGGCAAGUUUGGUGUACAGCGUGACCGUAUGGACAAGAUGGCCGAGGGACACGAUUACGUAGGCAAGACGGACGCCCACAGCAGUCAGAAAGACUACUCCACAGGUUUUGGCGGCCGUUACGGGGUGCAGAAGGAUCGUAUGGACAAGGCCGCCGUGGGACACGACUAUGUCGGCAAGACGGAAGCCCAUAGCAGUCAGAAGGAUUAUUCCCAGGGUUUCGGUGGUAGAUAUGGUGUGCAGAAGGACCGCAUGGACAAGUCGGCCGUCGGUCACGACUUCAUCGGCAAGACGGAAACGCAUAGCAGUGUCACAGAUGCAAAGAAAGGGUUUGGAGGCCAGUUUGGCGUGGAGGACCGCAUGGAUAAAACCGCAGGGAAAUUCGAGGACAUGGAAGACACGAAGGGUACAAACUAUCAGAGAAGCAAGGCAACGGCCGGAGGUGCUUCCAGCAUUCGUAGGAAGUUUGAGAACAUGGCUAAGGACGAGGAGGACGCGGAGAAACGGCGGCGCGAGCAGCAAGACCAGCGUCAGCGUGAAAUUGCAGAGCAGAGGGCACGCGCGGAGGCGCAGCGUGCUGAGGAGGCACAGCGUGAGGCUGAAGAGAGAGCGGCUGAAGAAGCAGAGCAGGCUGCCAUGCAGGACGCAGAGGCAGAGGCUGCUGACCGCCGACGACAAGAGGCAGCCGAGCGGCGCAGGCAAGAACAAGAGGAAGAUGAAGCACGCAGACAAGAUGAGCGACGUCGGCAAGAAGCAGAAGAGGAUGAACGACGUCAGCAACAAGAGGAGGCUGAGCGGCGUCGACAGGAAGAAGAAGAAGCCAUGUACCAGAAUGCACCAGAAGCUGGUGAAGCCGGGGAAGAGCUGUAUGAUGAGGUGCCGGAACAAGUCAAGCAGCAGGACGAUACAUACCAUGAAGCCGGUGCCCCAGCCUCUGAACCUCAAGAAGACCUUUACGCUGAGGCAGGCCCUGGCGAGGAACAACCACAGGAGGAUCUCUAUGAUACCGUCCCUGAAAACACCGGCGGCGGUGGUGGUGGUAGUGGCAAAACAGCAAAGGCCAUGUAUGACUACCAGGCCGAGGAUGACAACGAGAUCUCGUUCGAUCCUGGUGACAUCAUCACCAACGUUGAAGAGAUCGACGACGGCUGGUGGGUCGGUGACUGCAACGGGCAGCAUGGUAUGUUCCCUAGCAACUAUGUCGAGCUCGUUUGAAAUGCGUUUCCGCGGAAACGAGGUAUCAAGAUCCCUACCCGUGCCAUGCGCGUGUGUACGUUCACUGCAGUUCCCAUUGCCUUCCCCGCCCUUAGCUAGCUAGCAUCACCAGUGAUUAUGCGCACCCCGGACAAAUUGCACUCUAAAGUCACCUACCUAUUAUCAAGCCAGUUUCAGCUUGCCAUGCUGUGGCAGCCAUCCCAUCAGGGCACGUUGCGCUUCCUCGUAUUUCGGAUUUUGCUGCCUUGCCAUUCGUAAAGCGCCCUCCCAAUUUCUCGCCUCGUCCCUUUAUGCUUCUUAGAUACUGGACAAUUUCUAAUUUUUUUGCGUCAAUAGCCAAUUUCUGUCUCCAUCUUUAUUAUCACAUUUCCCGAGCAAUACUAAAUUUGACGAAUAAUAGCGGAUGGCAAAGUCAUGGCGGAACUUGGA